AUGGCACUGCUGGCCAGCCUGCUGCCCCUGUGCUGCUUGGCACUGCUGGUGCUGCCGGCCCAGAGUUGCGGGCCCGGCCGGGGACCAGUUGGCCGGCGCCGCUACGUGCGCAAGCAGCUCGUGCCGCUCCUCUACAAGCAGUUCGUGCCCAGCGUGCCUGAGCGGACUCUGGGCGCCAGUGGGCCGGCCGAGGGGAGGGUGGCCAGGGGCUCUGAGCGCUUCCGGGACCUGGUGCCCAACUACAACCCCGACAUCAUCUUCAAGGAUGAAGAGAACACUGGCGCAGACCGCCUGAUGACAGAGCGCUGUAAGGAGCGCGUGAACGCGCUGGCCAUUGCCGUGAUGAACAUGUGGCCCGGAGUGCGCCUCCGGGUGACGGAGGGCUGGGACGAGGACGGCCACCACGCUCAGGACUCGCUGCACUACGAAGGCCGGGCCCUGGACAUUACCACCUCUGACCGCGAUCGCAAUAAGUACGGGCUGCUGGCGCGCCUGGCCGUGGAAGCCGGCUUCGACUGGGUCUACUAUGAGUCUCGCAACCACGUCCACGUGUCGGUCAAAGCUGAUAACUCCCUGGCGGUGAGGGCAGGUGGUUGCUUUCCGGGAAACGCUACGGUGCGCCUGCAGAGCGGCGAGCGGAAGGGCCUGCGGGAGCUGCAUCGCGGAGACUGGGUUCUGGCGGCCGAUGCGGCGGGCCGGGUGGUGCCCACGCCCGUGCUGCUCUUCCUGGACCGGGACUUGCAGCGCCGGGCCUCGUUCGUGGCUGUGGAGACCGAGCGGCCUCCGCGCAAACUGCUGCUCACGCCCUGGCACCUGGUGUUCGCUGCUCGCGGGCCGGCUCCCGAGCCGGGGGACUUUGCCCCGGUGUUCGCGCGCCGGCUACGCGCUGGAGACUCGGUGCUGGCUCCCGGCGGGGACGCCCUCCGGCCGGCGCGCAUAGCCCGCGUAGCACGGGAGGAGGCCGUGGGCGUGUUCGCGCCGCUCACGGCGCACGGGACGCUGCUGGUAAACGACGUCCUGGCCUCGUGCUACGCGGUUCUGGAGAGUCACCAGUGGGCGCACCGCGCCUUCGCUCCUUUGCGCCUGUUGCAUGCGCUGGGGGCGCUGCUCCCGGGCGGCAACGUCCAACCCACCGGCAUGCACUGGUACUCUAGGCUCCUCUAUCGCCUGGCCGAAGAGCUGCUGGGCUGA